GAGGCCUCCGACUGGGAGGUGCAGAAGAAGCUCACGGCGGCGGGCGAUGUCGAGACUGCAGGCGCGUUCAAGGUCACGAAGGAGAUCACGAACACUUUCGACGGUGUAAAAGCAAAAGCCGGUGGUAAGAAGAAAGCGACAGGCAAGCAAAACGUGCCGCCAGUGGACGAUCUCUCUUGGCUCCCUCCAUUACCUCCGUCACCACCGCCCUCGCCCGGCAAGCGACGUCAGACCGACUCUCAUUAUAAUGGGCAUUGCAGCCCAUCAAAGAAGAGGGAUGCGCGCGCAGAUCCUGCAUGCUCUUCGGGGCACGACCAACCCCAGCGUCGAGACGGUGUCGACGAAUUCGACCUGGGGGAGACAAAGCCUAAACCGAGGAUGGUCGCAGAAGUCGUCUUGGAGGCUCGACCGAAGCCGCGGAGGGAUGUCGGACGCCCAACACGCUUGAGGC